AUGGCCGAUACCGACGCCCAGCCAACGCAGACAGACCAGGUGGACAAGCCCAGGAGCAUGGAGGAACAAGAAGAAGAAGAGCGAGAAACACAUCCAUACAACACAGGAGGAGAAGAGGACAGCGACUCGGAUUCCGAGUCGGAGCAGGCAUCAGCAUCAGAGCAUGGAGAGGAUACGUCGUCCCCAGCGCCCGAAGCUCCACAGGAAGAGGCGGAUACCUCGACACCUGCACCUGCGCCCGCGACCGAAGCGCCAUCACUAAACGUGCCCGAUGGCGGAGAUGCGCCGCGGUCAUCCGAGCAGAUCUUCGACCAUCGUCUGCCUCUGGAGAAUCGACCGCGAACCGACUCACAGUCCACCGUAGCCACCACCGCCACGCGACCAUCCACGAGAAGCUCCCUCGUCUUCGUCGUCACUGCGCUCGAGACAAUCGCAGCUUCAAAAGAUGCCAGGAAGAACAAGAAGCUUGGGGAUAGCACCAAUGCCGCCCUGUCUGCAAUCAAGAAUGAGGGCGACCCGGCACGCAUCAACCCCGAGGUGCUCUUCGAACCGCUCCAACUCGCCUCCGAGGCUCCCAACGUCCCCGUGUCCAUCACAGCGCUCGAUUGCAUCGGCAAGCUCAUCAGCUACUCGUACUUCUCCGUGCCGGUCGAACCACGCGCCGACAACAGCGAGGAGGUGCCUCCUCUGAUCGAACGAGCCAUAGACACGAUAUGCGAUUGCUUCCAAGGAGAGGCUACCGCGCCAGAAGUGCAACUGCAGAUUGUCAAGUCGCUGCUGGCAGCCAUCUUGAACGACAAGAUCGUUGUGCACGGAGCGGGACUACUAAAGGCUGUGCGACUCACGUACAACAUCUUUCUCCUGUCUAAAUCGAGCGCGAACCAGCAGGUUGCACAGGGCGCAUUGACUCAGAUGGUUGGCACAGUCUUUGAGAGGGUCAAGACGAGACUGGCUGUCAAAGAGGCUCGAUUGAACCUGUCCCGGUCAUCCUUGAAUGAAAAGGGCCAGUCGGAGGAGAGCGUACAGCAAGAUGAAGGCAGCACAGAAGACACUAAUGGCUCUGAAGCCAAUGGUGAAGACGGAGAGGACGAGCACGACGCUGAAGCUGCCGAACCCAGCGACAAGGCCGUCGACCGACAUACGGGUCCUAAAAUUACACUACAGAGCUUCGAAAACAACAUGAGCUUCAACGACGACCGUAUACACGAUAAUGCACCGACGCUGGUGACUCGCAUAAAAGGAAAGGCUGGAUCGCGACAUGCGUCCGGACAAGAGAGCUCGCCUCAUGUCAACACCGAAGAGGAAGAAGAGGAUGAGAUAUUCGUCAAAGAUGCGUACCUUGUGUUCAGAGCCAUGUGCCGUCUGAGCACCAAGGGUCUGACAGUAGACCAUGCCCAUGAUGUGCGCUCGCAAGGCAUGCGUUCCAAACUUCUCUCUCUGCAUAUGAUCCACACCAUACUCUUCAAUAACAUUGCUGUCUUCGUGUCACCGUAUGCCACCAUUCGCAGCGGGAGCGACGAACCAACCAGUUUCAUACAGGCGGUCAAGCAGUACCUCUGCCUGAGCUUGAGUCGGAACGGCGCAAGCUCCGUGAAGCAGGUCUUCGAAGUCGCUUGUGAGAUCUUCUGGCAGAUGCUCAAAUACCUGCGCAUAUCACUCAAGAAGGAAGUCGAGGUAUUCUUAAAGGAGAUAUACCUUGCAACUUUAGACAAGCGAAGUGCUCCUGCAUUUCAGAAGCAAUACAUUUUGACAAUAUUCGGAAGGCUUGCUGCAGACCCCCGGGCACUGGUAGAGAUCUAUCUCAACUAUGAUUGCGACCGCACCGCACUUGACAACAUGUUCCAACGCGUCGUUGAACACCUGUCCAAGAUAUCCAGCAACCCUGUCACCAUCACAGCCGUGCAGCAGCAAGCGUAUCAAGAUCAGCGAGAGAAGCAAUCGAGACAGAUGGACUGGCAGAGCCGGGGUACAUUACCGCCAUCACUCACGACUGUAUCUAUGAAUUCGUCGCACGACACAGAGCAUGGCUAUCCGCAGGAGUACGCCAUGAAACAGGAGUCUCUGGAAGCCCUGGUCGAGAUCCUCCGAUCUCUCGUCAACUGGGCUCAGCAAGCCCUGCCUGAGAACACCAAGCAAAAUAACCCCGAUAUGCGACCAUCACUCGACGACCUCCGAGUAUCGACAGACACAAGGUUCGCCGCAGAGUCUCCAAUGGUGGGAGCAGACUCCGGGACUGUCACACCGCUUGCUGAGGAUGACUACAGCCAACUUGAGAAGGCAAAACAGAGAAAGACCGCGCUCACAAACGCGUUGCGGCAGUUCAACUACAAGCCGAAGCGUGGGUUAAAGGCGUUGAUUGCGGAGGGUUUCAUCCCUUCGAACAAGCCCGAGGACAUCGCUCGCUUCUUCCUCGACAAUGACCAGGUCGACAAAACAGCACUGGGAGAGUUUCUUGGAGAGGGUGAUCCCGAGAACAUUGCGAUUAUGCAUGCUUUUGUGGACUGGAUGGACUUCACUAAAACCCGCUUUACAGACGCCCUGCGGCGCUUCCUUCAAAGCUUUCGCUUACCUGGUGAAGGUCAAAAGAUCGAUCGCUUCAUGCUCAAAUUUGCUGAACGGUACAUCACCGGUAACCCCAACGCGUUUGCUAAUGCCGAUACUGCAUACGUUCUUGCAUAUUCCGUCAUCAUGUUGAACGUCGAUCAACAUAGCAGGAAGAUGAAGGGCCCUCGUAUGACACCACAGGAGUUCAUCAAGAACAAUCGUGGUAUCAACGACUCAGCUGAUCUGCCGGAUGAGUACCUGCAGGCUAUCUACGAUGAGAUCUCCCAAAAUGAAAUCGUACUGAACACUGAGCAAGAGGCUGCUGCAGACAAGGGGUUGUUAAACCAACAACCUGCGGGAGGAUUGUCUAGCAUUGGACAAGUUCUGACGGGUGGUGCCCGCGACCUACAGCGAGAGGCGAUUGUGCAAGCCUCCGAAGCAAUGGCUAACAAGACCGAGCAACUUUACAAGCAGCUCCUUCGGGCUCAGCGAAGAACAGCUGCGGCUCUUCCAGUCUCCAAAUUCAUACCUGCGUCAUCUUCCAAGCAUGUCGGACCUAUGUUCGAAGUCAGCUGGAUGCCAAUCCUGACUGCGCUCUCUGGCCAAGCCCAAGACCACAACAUUGAGAUCGUUCGCCUGUGUAUCGAAGGCAUCAAGCUAGCAAUCCGGAUAUCAUGCUUGUUCGACCUCGAUAGCUCACGACAGGCUUUCGUGGCUUUCCUCUCGCGCUUCACCAACCUCUACAACGUGAGCGAGAUGAAAGCCAGGAACAUGGAAGCGUUGAAAGCCCUGAUCGAAAUUGCCCAGACAGAGGGUAACCUUCUACGAGAAUCCUGGCGUGAGGUCCUCACAUGUGUUUCACAGUUGGACCGUUUCCAACUCAUCUCUUCUGGUAUCGAUGAACGUGCCGUGCCCGACGUGCUCAAAUCGAAUUCAGGCACGGCACAGUCGCGUAAAAAUCUCAACGUUCCAGCCAAUCGUCAAAGACCUAAAUCACAAGCGAGCACCAUGAGCUUUCAUUCCGAAGUAGCCGAGGAGAGUCGGUCCACCGACAUCGUCCGAGGUGUGGACCGCAUCUUUACCAAUAGUGCGAACCUGUCUGGUGAAGCUAUCGUAGACUUUGUGAAAGCGCUUGUUCAAGUCAGCUGGCAAGAGAUCCAGUCGUCUGGGCAAAGCGAAUCACCUCGCACUUACAGUCUGCAGAAACUUGUGGAGAUCAGUGGUUACAACAUGACGCGUGUUCGUUUUGAGUGGACCAACAUCUGGCAGGUGCUUGGCGCUCACUUCAACGAGGUCGGAUGCCACACCAACACUAAUGUCGUCUACUUUGCUCUCAACUCACUAAGGCAACUUUCGAUGAAGUUUAUGGAAAUUGAAGAACUGCCCGGUUUCAAGUUCCAGAAGGAUUUCCUCAAACCCUUCGAGCACAUCAUUAACAACACAAAUGUCGUCUCAGUCAAGGAUAUGGUACUACGUUGCUUGAUCCAGAUGAUACAAGCGCGAGGUGAGAACAUUCGAUCUGGCUGGAAGACAAUGUUCGGGGUCUUCACUGUGGCCGCCAGGGAACCGUAUGAGGGUAUCGUCAACCUUGCAUUCGAGAACGUCACUCAAGUAUACAAUACGCGCUUUGGUGUAGUCAUUUCGCAGGGCGCGUUCGCAGACUUCAUUGUUUGUCUCACGGAAUUCUCGAAGAACUUCAAGUUCCAGAAGAAAUCGCUACAAGCAAUAGAACUGCUCAAGUCGUCCGUGCCCAAGAUGUUACGGACACCCGAGUGCUCUCUAUCCGCCCGUGCUGGGUACUUGAAAGAUUCAGAAAAGGGCUCUUCGAUACCCAAGCAACCCAGCCGACAAACGCAGGAAGAGCAGUUCUGGUUCCCAGUUCUCUUCGCCUUCCACGACGUCUUGAUGACUGGUGAGGAUUUAGAGGUCCGAUCAAGGGCGUUGCAAUACCUGUUUGAUACUUUAAUCAGCUAUGGUGGCGACUUUCCACGGGAUUUCUGGGACAUGCUUUGGCGACAGCUUUUGUACCCCAUCUUCAUGGUGCUGAAGUCAAAGUCAGAGAUGACAAAGGUUCUGAAUCAUGAGGAGCUUUCAGUAUGGCUCUCGACCACUAUGAUCCAAGCUCUCCGCAACAUGAUCAAACUUUUUACCCACUUUUUCGAUUCGCUGGAGUACAUGCUCGAUCGGUUCCUGGAUCUCCUUGCCCUGUGUAUAUGUCAAGAGAACGACACCCUAGCGCGCAUCGGCAGCAACUGUUUGCAACAGUUGAUUUUGCAAAAUGUUCAGAAAUUCCAGGCUGAUCAUUGGAGUCAGAUCGUCAAGGCGUUUGUCGACCUUUUUCAAAGAACUGAAGCAACAGCACUGUUCUCUGCUGCGACCGGCGGUUCAUCUGCACAGACGAAUUCGACAAACGGCACUGGUAAGACGUCAGAUUUGACAACUCCCACUAGUGACGGGCCACCUGGCGAACUCUCGCUCCAAACACCUGCUGAAGAACCGAAAAUGGACAACGCGCUUGGAAUUAAUGGCCUAUCUGGCGCAAGACGACCAUCCCUAGUGACCUCAGACUCUGCGAGCAUCAGUGGCGGCGUUGAGCAGCGUAUGCCAUCGCCGCUGCCCAAGCGCCAGACUCAGGAAUUGGAAGACUACCGUCCCGACGAUCAGACCCUCCAGCAACCACCCGUGGUUGUCACCGCCGCUCGCCGUCGCUUCUUCAACCAGAUCAUCACGAAAUGCGUCCUACAACUUCUCAUGAUCGAGACGGUACAAGAGCUCUUCACAAAUGAGGCUGUCUACGAGAAGAUACCUUCUGGUGAACUCCUCCGCCUUAUGGCCGUGUUGAAGAAGUCGUACCACUUCGCUAAGCGCUUCAAUGCGAAUCGCGAUCUGCGAUCACGUUUGUUUAGGGAAGGUUUCAUGAAGCAACCGCCAAACCUGCUCAAGCAGGAGAGCGGAUCGGCGUCGGUGUACGUUAGCAUUCUAUUUAGAAUGUACCACGACACAUCCAACGACCGCGCCGCCUCACGCGCCGAUACCGAAGCCGCCCUGAUCCCGCUCUGCGAGGACAUCAUUGCCUCCUAUGUCGAUCUUGACGAGGAAACACAACAACGCAACAUCGUCACUUGGCGCCCCGUUGUCGUCACCGUGCUGGACGGAUACACUGGGUUGCCCGACAAUGAUUUCGAAAAGAACAUUGACCUCUUUGCGCCGCUCGUCGUUGGGCUUCUAGGUACGGAAAUGGCACCCGAUGUACAAAGAAGCGUGCAAGCGCUUGUCGGACGCAUCUUUGAGAGGAAGCUGGGUAUGGAGAAACAACCCCUCAUGCCGGCAAUUAGCCGGAGUCCACGAGGCAGCUUUGUGGGCAGCCCUAGCCAGAGGAGGGUCAGCAAAAGUGGACGCUCUGGCGAUCAUCUAAUCAUUUAUCUGCGUGAUCACCACGAUCGGCAGAGCCGCUUCAUGCAGAAUAUCACGUGGGAGAUGCGAUCCUCAAUCCUCUCAGUCGUUGCCUUGACAGGAAGUGCCGCUGCGCAAGUCACUUUUCAAAACAGCAGCGGUUCAAUUCUGCGAGUCGAUACAGGGUCAUACGGCCCGGAGAUAGAAGAGUACCACUACUACUACUCGCAAUGGCCUAUAGGUCUCGCCAUUUCAUCCGCCGGCCGUUUCUUUGCAACCUACACACGCGGCAGCUACGCCUAUACACUCGGCGAAGUCGUCAACAAAACUGCCGAAGUACCAUAUCCAUCCGCGGGCCUCAAUCUUCCUGUUUCACAGCUGAACACGAGCUGGAAUGGCAUCCCUUUUGGUAGUGGGAACAGCACAGGGCUGAUCAGCGUACAAGCCUUGUACAUCACUCCAGAAAAUGAUAGAAGACCUGAGACACUCUGGGUAGUAGACACAGGACGACCCACCAUUAUGGACGCAACCGGCGCACCAUCGAUGCCAUAUGCGCAACCCGGCGGACCCAAGAUCCUCGGUAUCAAUUUGGCAAACGACAGCGUUUACGCGACUUACACCUUCCCACCUAGCGUCCACUUCCCGGACUCCUACAUGAACGACAUCCGCUUUGACUUGCGUCCAAACACCACGGCGUCCAGAUCAGGCGUUGCUUACAUUGUCGACAGCAGUGACGAAGGACGACCCGGGUUCAUCAUCCUAGAUCUAGGUACUGGCAAAAGUUGGAGAAGACUCACACAACACCCAUCUACACUGCGCGUAGAUCGCGACGUACCUUCUUACCAAGGCAACCCGUUUUACCAACGUACAAUCGGUCAGCCUAUCCAAACGCUACGAGAGGGACUUGACGGAAUUCAGAUCAGUGCCGAUGGCUCGACGAUCUACUACAGCCCCCUGACAUCAAACUAUCUGUACUCUGUCCCCGCCGCAAACCUCCUCACACCUUCUUCGGAUCCCCUUGCAGAAAUCAUGGCCGCGAACAACGUUACGAAUCUUGGUCAGCGGGGCGGAAACGCAAAUGGCUUCGAAGGCGAUAACAACGGUUUGGUCUAUCAGUGCAUGCCUGAGCACAACGCAAUUUAUGUUUAUGACCCGGAAACGCUACGUACAGAGCCUUUUGUGAGAGAUCCACGUAUCAUCUGGCCGGAUGGAGCGUCGAUUGGUGAAGACGGCUACCUUUACAUGAACAUCAACCAAUUGCCGUAUCAGCCAAAUUGGAAUGAGGGUGUCGAUGGGAGGACCUUUCCAGGAGCAGUGUUGAGGGUUAAGUUGCCGAACGGGGGAAAGAAGAUUAUGACCUUGGGUUGA